UUCCACCCCUCUAACUAAUCCUAAACUCGGAUCGGUGUCGGGAGUGGAGCAUGUAAUUUUUUUUUUUUAAAGAAGAAAAAAAAAAAAUGCAGCUGACGACGGAGCAAAUGAUGAUUUUGGAGAGCCGGAGAGAUUUGCAGAAGUAUAGACUUUCGAUAUUUUAAAGCCUCCAGCCACCUUCUACCGAGUGAAUGACCCGAAUCCCCAUCUUCUACCCGUAUGAAUGAGGAGAUGAAAUCAAAAGCAAAUGGGUCCAUGCAAAGAGCUCAGACGAUGGACCGUGUCAACGGAGACGGACCCAAUUGGAUCCUCAUUGCUGGAGGCGCCUUGCUGAGUACUUUGUCAAUUAGGAUUGGAUGCAAGUUGAAACAGGCCUUGGAAGCGAAAGGAUUAAACAAAGAUAGUAGAGGGAAUAAGAGUACUGCCAAGCCACGGUUAGGAGGAUGCCAGUUGCAUUCGAAUUUAUACCCGUUUGCACCGGAUAAGGACUGUUGCUACCAUUUUAUCUCAGGACAUGCGAAUGGUGGAGUCCAAAUUAAGCAAGUAUCAGAUAAUCCAAUCUCAAAAGAACCAGAACUUUCACUUCCACUAGUGAAGAUCUCAGCUGCAGAAUUAAACAAAGAUUCUAAUGGCGGCACAUUGUGGGCAUCCUCGCCUGAAUUGCUUGAGCUUCCUCACAAGCCAUUUCACCAUUCUACUGGUUCGGACUCUCCCUCUAUCUCUGAAUCUGGGUCUGACAUCUAUACCAAAAGAGAGGUAAUAAACAAACUACGGCAACAGCUCAAAAGGCGAGAUGAAAUGAUCAUGGACAUGCAAAACCAGAUUGCAGACCUUCAGAACUCUCUUUGUACUCAGAUGUCUCAAGUGGUGCAGACACAGUCUCAGCUUGAUUCAGCAAACCAAGAAUUGUUCGAGUCGGAGAGAGAGAUCCAAAGACUACGAAAGGUCAUUGCUAAUCACUGCAUUUUGAAAUCCAAUUCUCCAGAAAAACUGACAUCUGUAGCAAAUUGGCGACCCGAGACUGCAAAUGGUUUUCCAGACACGGUGAAUGAUCUGGAUCUGCACUGUUUUGGGUUGCAGAAGGUGAAAGGAGAUGAGGACAGGGUGCUGUUGCUGAAGAAAGAACUGGGUGACUUGAGUGCAGUGAUUGAAGGGAAGGAUUUCUUACUUCAAAGCUACCAGGAGCAGAAGAGAGAGCUCUGCUCAACAAUCAAAGCUUUGGAGCAUAGAUUAGAAUCUCAUCAACAGAAUAUCUUUUAGUUCAGCAGGAGUCUUAGGUUUUGUUUGGGACGGCUUUCUUACUGUUUUUUAAAACAGCUUUCUAGUACAAAUGUUAAAAGUUUUAUACUCGAAAGCUGCUUUAAGAAACAGUAAAAAAGCCGUCCCAAAUGAAGCUUUAAUCAUUUAAUGUCUGGGAAGUUAUUUCUUCUGUUGUUUUUAUUUUUAUCUUUUGUUUUUUCUUGCUAGUCUGUAUGUGUUUUUGGUAGUCUGGCAAUUUCUUCAAUAUGAGAAAGUGGAUGGCUGUAGGAGGGAGUGUUGUUGAAAGAAUGAAUUUUGGAAUUUAGUUUUGUUAUAGAGUUCCGGAUAUAUCUCUGAACAUGUGAAGUAUCUGUAGUUGGGAAUUGUGCAUAAUUCAAAGUGCUUAAAUUGGUAUUUGAA